AAAAGGGGGGGGCAGGAAAAAGGAAAGCGGCACGUCAUAGGAACAAGAGAAACCGAGAAAGUGAGAACGUGACAGACUGACAGACGGCUGGCCCGGCAACCACAGAGAAAGAUGCAUGCCUUCCUGCUGCUCGGCUGCUUUGUCCUCGCUGUGACAGACUACUUCCUUGGCUCUGCCCACAUGAUUCCUGAUGAGAGACUCUCCACCAACAGGGUCGUUGUAUCUACCGCUCUGUCUCAAAGCCAUGAGACAGACCCCCCUCCUGUAGUUAUUGUAGAGUUGCCUAAACCAGCAAACAAGAACAACAAAAAAAAGAAACAAAAGAAGAACAAAUUUGGCGUGAAGAAGCACCCCCCUCCCCCUGCUAACUGCAUUCCCAUGGGGGGAAGCUGUAAAUCUCCCACCAACGUGUGCUGCGAUGUUUGUGCCUUUUGCCAGUGUCGGCUCUUCAGAACUGUCUGUUACUGCCGAAUGGGCAACCCUCGCUGCUGAACCUCAGCUGCAGCCCGAUCAACCUCCAAGCAAGCAGAACAAAACUUCAUGCUAAAGAAAACCACUCAAAGUGAACACUGUGCCAGGUGAAUCACUUCUAGUCCUUGGUUUGUAACUUUGCCUUAAACUCACUGCAUGAAAGCACUUUAUCACACAAGACUGCACCACAAUGAACCUUCUUAAAAUCUUACAGGGUGUACUGCUUAUAGCACAGCAAAGAAACUCACGAAUAAAGUUUUUAUUUUACUUAGAGCUUUUAGCACGCAUACAUAGGACCUUUGCUCAAGCAAGUUUAUAUAUUGCUUUAUUUUUACACAUUUUUUCAACCAUACUUUAAUUACAAUGGGUAUCAAAUAUUUUAUGAAGCCUUGCACAAUAUUGUUGUGAUAACAGUGUUAUUGUCAGGGCCAAUAUCAACCAUUUCAUGUAAUCUUAAUUAUAUGGAUUCACACAUUGUUAAGUGUCAGAAAAUCCCAGGAAAAAAGCCAAACCAACAACCUGUACGUUUGUCCCUCAGUAUUUUAUGACUUCCUCCAGUUGUCUGUGCUGCUCAGGCCUCAGUCCAGGUUCCAAACUGAGACAUUCAACAUAUAUAUAGCUUCAUUUUCUAAAAAGACUCAGUAAUUUCCUAAAACAAUCUGGCACUGUCAUUUACUCAGUAUAUAUAAUAUAGGAGGUGUGUCUACAGCGUGUCUGAAGUUUAGCCAGCCACAUUUUCUUUUUACCCCUCCAUCAUUUAUUAUCUUGUUUAAUCAGUGAUUUACGUAAGUGUAUCAUCUGUGUCUUGUUACUGAGGAGAAUAAAUUCAGCUCCUUCAGGUUUAAAUCACUGCCUGACUGUUGGGCAGAUACCAAACAUAUUUCCUGGGACCUUCAGGUUUUAGUUUCCAGUAAGUCAGUGCUACAUCGUGAUAAACUCGUGAAUUUGCAGAUCAAUGAUGAAGAAAAUACUGACGACGGUGAGAUGUUAGUGAGAGCUGUGGCCUGACAGGUGGUCGUCAGGAUGGGCUGGAGGAAAGGGAAGGAGGUUGAAUGCACUUUUGUAAACUGCUUUGAAUCAUCUAAAUUAAAUUAAUGUAAAGCGUUUAAAGGAAGUUUAAAUGCUUUGCCUUUUUAAAUGAAGGUUUUAACAAAUCUCAAGUGCCCAUGAGCCACUUGAGAUUUUGUUUUUAAUUUAUGAGAAAGUGUCCUUAGAAAGGACAAGUCAGAGGGUAGAAGUUAUCUUAAAAGUGCCAUGUUUUGUGGUAACCAGAUUUAGGUUUGAUUUAAUCUUUUGACGAAAAUGUUUAUUAUAAGUCAAUUAGCCUUUGAUCAUGUUACUUUAAUGUAAGCGCUUUCUUGCCUGUUUGCGUAGUUUAUUGCACCUGUUUUGUUGCUUUAUCUCAUUGUAUUUCAGCUGAGGUAUGUUAAUUUUUUUUUUAGACAAAAUUACUGGCAGAGACAAAAUGUUACUGAAAUGCAAGAUGCUGCUUAUUCACUAUUUUUGGUGGCAGAAGGUAUUGAUUAACCAA